AUGAAGGCCUUCGCUAUUCUUUUGAUGAUAACGGUGAAAACAGUGCUCGGCGCCCCUAUUAAUCCUGAUGGUAAUCAACUGUCUUACUUUGUGAUCAGUAACAUUAAUUAAUUAAUUAAUUAAUUAGUUAAAAUCAUGCACAUUUUAGUAUUGAGCCUAGUCAAUUAAGCUUGAUGUUUUAAAUGAGAGGCUAAGUCUCUCAGCCAAUCACAAAAGUCUUUACUUUAACUGAUACAUAAGCGAAUGUCAUUCAUAAUGCUAUCUCCGAAAAAUACAUAAAUAAAUAAGUAAGAAAGUAAACUGUCAUUCCUUCAAUUUCGACACACGUCAAAUAACUCAAAAGUGCUGUAUUUUCUUAGUUAGGAAUAUUGUGCAAUCUUUCAGUUAUGGUACAUAAAUGUGCAUGACGUUUUGCAGAAAAUCGUGACAUAGAAGAUCCAGAUCUAUUUGAGGGAGAUAUGUAUCUUACACCUGAGCAGCGUGGGUACGCCAUGAUGGGACUUGAUGUCUUUACAUCUAACAGGCAAGGGGCUUCCAUUAAAGGUCCACUUUGGCCGGGCGGAGUGGUGGUCUACGACAUUGCACCGGCACUUGGUAAGCAACCAAGCAAUUCAUUCUUGCAAUCUAAUACAUAUACACUAGGCAUCAGCCAUCAACAUUAGCAAGAACCAACCAACUAACGACUAAUUUCGACGUUUAGUGGUAAUAAUGAUAAUAAUAAUAAUAAGAAGAAAGUUCUUUUUUUACAGAUUGCCUAUAUCACACAAUGUGGGUUUCAACAAGCACUGCAUGUAAAAAAUAAAAUUGCUAAAAUACAGUAUUAAUAAUGACAAAAAACCUAAAUCCAAAAAUCAAAUCAACUAAGAAACUUUCACACCUAAGAAAACUGGAAUCAAAAAACCUUACAAGGGCCAGAAAUGUGCUGAUACAAAAGAGCAUUGUUUAGAUACCGUAAAAUUCCGAAAAUAAGCCCCUCCAGGUAUAAGCCCCUCCAAAUAUAAGCCCCCCAAUCCGGUAAUGCAAAAAACCCUCCGUUAAAUCGCCCCUCCAAAUAUAAGCCCCCCAGGGGCUUGUACUUGGAAAAUUGCCCUCAAAUACAAAGAAAAACAAAGCAAAAAUCGUGAAUUUACUUCCAACAAUAAGGCUAGCCCAAUCAAUUUUGAACCGCAAAUUUCCCUCCGUAGAUAAGCCCCUCCGAAUACAAGCCCCUCCAAAAAUAAGCCCCUCAAAAAGGGCCUUUGAAAAAUAUAAACCCCGGGGCUUAUUUUCGGAAUUUUACGGUAUUUGCUCUUCGAUGUUAUCACUUAUACUACACCCUUGUUGUAGCUAGGGAGCCUAAAGCCUACACAGCUAUAUUGGCAGGAAUGGACGAAUGGGUACGGAAGACAUGUAUAAGCUUUAAAAAAAGAACAACUGAGACAGAUUACGCUUAUUUUACAGAUGCCGGAAGUGGGUAAGAAAACUUAAUACUUUUCCUCAACCUUCGCCACAAAAAUGUCAGACUGUAUGCUCAUUACCAUUUCUAACUAAACAGUCUUUGUUCACAACAUAGUUAGCAGAGGAGACUUGUUAUGAAAGUCGGCAAACAUAAAAGAGGAAAACAAGUGUGCUGUAGUUUAUGUUGGAAGCUCUUGUUCUUGCUCUUAGAUCUUGUUCCCAAAAUUAUGACUAAACACAGUAAAUUAAUAUGAUUGAUCCAUUGACCGGUUUAUAAUGUUGGAAUGCUACUGGAUGUGGUGCAUGGUCAAGUCUAAAAGGGGCUUACAAAAACUUAUAACAGAGAGGUUUAACGGGCUUCAUAAAUACUCAUUGUACUAUAUGUCAACUACGGUCACAAGCAUAUCCCAAUAACUUUCAUCACUCUCAAGACACCUUAAACCACCCGUUGUUACGUUUCUUUUCUGUAUUUAUAUACUUUCAAUAUUUACUUCAAGAUCUUUAUAAUUAGACAUUUGUUUCCUAUUUGAUGUUGGAGGUGAUUUUGUCUCAUCUUGUCAGAUCGUAUAGGUAGACUUAGACACAUCCCCAUCAGUGGCAUGGGUAUAUACACGUUAUAUGUCAUUUGUCCUUGAACAGUUUGCUGUUGCUUUCUCCCUGUGUUAGAUCAGAGAACAUGCAUGUAGUAUACGGAGGCACCCAACAAUGUUUUCCUCCUAAGUACAUUGAAAUCACUUUAAAUGCUAAUUUAUAUCUGUGUGAUUUUGCUAAAAGGUGCCCGCUAAGUUUUCGCUUGAACACGGGCAUCGCCCGUGUUCAAGCCAGUGUAGCCGGAAAAAAAACCCAGGGAGCUUGCUGUCUUGCUAGGUGUCAGCAGAGAGCCCAGGCCCAGACCUAUGCGAGGGUGGGUGGCUGACUUGUUUUGUGUGAAAACCAGGGGGGUAAGGAGGGGAGAUUUUGUCACUUUGGUUAAAGCUUCAUGUCAGAAAGCAGUGCAAAGUCAGAGAAUUUUUCCUACGGGCUAAGCCAGCCAAAUCAAUGCGGUGACUCAUAAUCAUAACACUACUAGCAGAGCUUGGGGGAAGUAAUUGACUAGUCAUAAGCUUCAUGGGUGGGGAGGGUGAUUAGUUGCUCCUUGGACUUAGCUGUAUAGAGCCUCAGUAUACAGACACGUUGUAUGAAAUCCACACAGAUAUAUACUACACUGUUAGAUCUACUAGAAAUGAAUUUUAAGCGGGGCUACAAAAUUUGUAUCUGUUGUUGGGUCAUCCUAGAGGAACUUGAAUCUUUUCGGGAUUACAAGGGCUUCAUUUUUAUUUACACGACUAAAAUUUUGGAUGGAUUUAAUGUAUUUUGAAAGUUAGAAUUUUCUUAUUCCUCUUUCCAUCACAUUUUUGCAAUUGAGUCCGAAAAUUUUAGUUUUCCUUUUUUCUACAAAAAAUAGCCUAACGUGGGGAGUGAAAUGUAAAAUAAAAAUAAACUUCAGAAAAACGUAGGGAAUUUAUUAAUAGAUACGCUUCGAAAAUUGUAAAUGAAAAGAACGGUCAUCUAGCAAUUUUUAACCAUUAUGAUAGAAAAUUCUAGGCAAUAUUUGUUUCUCCGAACAGAUAUUUUAGAGAAAACAGUCGUUGGGUACCCCUGAGUAUAGCAAUUCAAAGGUAAUACAUUCCUAAUUUCAUUCACGGACGUUUUUAGGCCCUGUUCGUAUCAUUGAUCUACUCUUGCCUCUGACGUAUAUUCCCUACCGGUCUGCAGCUUGUUAUUUUGAAUCGACGUCUGUCAAGUAUUCAAGGUGGCUUCAUUUUCAGUCACUUCUACAGAGUAGAAAAUUAACGGAACAAAAUAAUAUUGUCUUGCAGCUGUUCGUCGCGGGUUGGGAAAGUGGGAUCUCGUCAGGAUAUUAUUCUUAGCUCGAGAUGCUGGUACAAGGGCACUGUUAUUCACGAAAUUGGUAACUCACGUAAUUUAUGAUUUAUUAUUAUCCUUUGCGAUUCUCCCUUGACUGAGGCUGUUAAUUCCGCAGAGAGAGAAAGGCUGGCCCUCCUUGCCACCUUGCCCUCGUGUGAUCCUUUUUUGUUUUGUUUUGUUUUCAUUUUUGAAUUAUCUUCUCUUUUAAUUUGUUUCUUGCAAUUGUAGGCUUAUAUAAAUCGUCGCUUCGCAUUAUUUACAAAUUCAUUUCCCAUUUCUAGAACACAUGCCAGCACCAGUGAAACCCCACUGACAAUAAAGUGAAGAAAGAGGCUUCUUGAAAAUUGCUCCCGCUUAACAGGCUGUCAACGAUAGCAUAAACUUAUGUCCCACUCAAAAUGAAAUAAAUAUCCCUACAGUAACAAAAAGUUGCAUAAGAUGACUUAUCAGUGUACCUGACAAAAGUCCCCUGAAGAAUAUUUUUUCCUAGGGGAUGGGCAAAAAGCGUGCAUUUACUUAUUGUUUUAUUGUUUAGGAGAACUUCUAUGCCAUGAAACGAAAGUAUAGUAACCACCUUUCAGAAUCACUUGUAGAAUAACAUUUUUGACCAAAUGUCUUUGGUAGGACAUGCUAUUGGCUUUUUCCACGAACAAUCUCGUCCUGACAGAGACACAUAUAUCACAAUAUUGACAGAAAACAUACAAGCAGGUACGUUUGAAAAUUCUUCAAGUCGAUGUGAUGAUAAUGCCGAUGAAUACGAUGAUAAUGAUGAUGAUAAAAGCGGGUUAAGACUGCUGGAAAAACGCGAACACAACAGAUUUCCACGCCAAUUCGAAUCCGCCUGAGGAUAUUUCUUUUCUUUACCAUCAAGCCUUCUUUUUCCCUAAAAAACCUCAUUUUUUCGUGAAUAUGUGGAGCUAUCAUUAUUAUGAUAAUAUUCUCGCGCGCGAAGCGCGCAGCGGAGCACCAUGGGUAAGAAAAAAAACCCAUCAAGAAAAUUUUUCGUGACCGUACACCGAGCAGGCGAGCGACCGUCCGUAUCAAUGUAAAAUAACUCAAUCAACAGGUAUGGCAACCCAAAUUACUCAAGGUUUUAUUUAGAAGAACAAACAACAACAUAUCUUUUCGGCGUUAUUUUUUAUGUCUACAUUAACGUGGACAUUUAGUUUUUUUUUCUUAGGAAGAAAAACAUGGAAAUUCAAAGUGGCGGUGAGAAAAUGAGAAAUGCUAGCGACCAGCAAGGUGAAAAUGAGCGGCAAUGAAAAAUAAAAGCGAACAUGAACACAGCAGACAAAAUAUUGGGUAAGCACAUACGACAAUUCCUCCAUGAAAAUAAUGUGUAACUAGGAGGUUUGACGUUUUAGCCGUACAAAACAGCGUUGUAGUCGUGCAAAACAACAACAAGGGAAAGACAAAAAAGCGUGCUGCACGUGCAAAUUUUUUUUUGCUAAUAAGAAGAAAAAGUGUGCUGCACGUGCUAUUUGUUUUCUUUUUUGCUAAUUACAUCUAUUAGUCUUGAAGCCAUAUUCAUUGUCGUCCGCGUUUAGCAUUGCACGAUUUAUUUUUUUUUUUUGUUUACACGUAUCAUUAACCAGAGCUUCGCUUUUAGCCCUGGUUAAAUCUAUAUAUUAUUAUCUUUAUCAUUAUCUUUGUAAUUGGCAUUAUUUAUUUUUUCUUUCAGGCAAAGAACACAACUUUAGAAAGUACGACAGAUCGCUAAUAGAUUCUCUUGGUACUCCAUACGAUUACCGAAGCGUAAUGCACUAUUCUGCGAAAGCAUUCACUAAAAAUGGAUUGCCCACAUUAAUGGUUAAGCAGGAGGGGGUACGUGUUGCAUAAAAACAUUGGCGUGUUACUGUAGUUACUUACUGUGGUGUAAAUGUCGUUAACUAUGGACCGAAAGUAAAAUCUUUAUGGCAAAUUAGAAGCUCUUGCAACAAGAAUUCUUUUGGUACAUUUCUGGAGCCGUCUCUUGACUGUUUUGUUAUCCAAGCUUCAUUUGUUUGCCUCUCUUUCACAAUUUUACUGGGAUGCCCAGCCCUCACGGAGACCUUUUAGUAAAUUCGGAUUCAUUAUGGAAGGGGCAACCCCACUGUCUGUUUGUCCACUGCACUUCAACUUCAACUUGCUCCGUACGGUUGUUUCACGAAAUACAAAGUGUUAAAAAUUUACGACUUUUUAAAUCUUUUAUCAGUAGUUUAUUUCUUGUCUGAUAAAUUGAUUGAAUGGUGUGGAUGGCACUGUAGUAGUAGAUUAAGUUACAGGUAUAGAACAAUGAUUAUCCCACCUGCCCUUUAAAUGAGAGAUUUCUUUGUGGAUGCACGGUCUUAUGAAAAAAUAAUAAAUGCAAUUUUAUCUUGAAUAGUUCCAGAACGUCAUUGGCCAGCGAAAUGGAUUAAGUGCCAUUGAUGCUGAUCAGGCAAAGAAACUUUACCGCUGUGGUUUGUAUCGUGAAUUCGCUUAUUUCUGCUAUUUGUUGAGAAAGUUUGUACAUUUAAAGGAGCUGUGUCACAACAUUUAUCGAAAUUCAAACGGUGGCAACUGCCACCAAAUUGCAUUGAGUGAAAUAUAAAAAUAACUGCAAAAGGUAUAAAUAACACAGCACGUACGAAGGAGUCACGGAUGGACAAUAGGCCAUUUGCACGAUGACGUCAUUUUACUACUACGAAGACUGAAUCCUUCAGGAUUUUGCUUUCUUAUGGAAAUUAGGGCUUUUGUUUUCGAAAAGUAUUCUGGUCGUAGUAGUAAAAUGACGCCAUCGUGCAAAUGUCCUAUUAGUUUGAAGAAGAUUAAAACGGAUUCCAAUAAAGUUGGUUUUGAAAACUUUUGAAGUUUUUUUUUUUUUUUUUGCUUUUCCUGUAAUACUUGGGAGACGUUUUUGUUUAAGCUAAGAAGUUUUCAAAAACCACUAUUGCGAUACGUUUCGAUCUUCUUCAAGUUAGUCCAUCCGUGCCUCCUUUUGAAUUUGCUGCGUUACUAAGAAAAUUUAUACCAUCUUUUAACGUUUUAAGCGGUUAUUUUUAUGUUUCACUCAAUUUUGUGACAGUUUCCCAUGUUUGAAGUUUGGUAAAUUUCAGCUCCUUUGGUUUCUGAGGGCCUGUCUACAUGGAGGUGUGGGACCCCAGGUAGGUGAGGUAACCAGCUUAGGUGGGGUGACCCGCCCGUCCAUAUAGUCUCUCAUUUUAUGUUUGAUCAUGUUUACAUGAUAAGUGGGAUGACACACCACAUGUUACCUCACCUAUAUGGGAUCCCCCACCUCCAUGUAAACAAGCCCUAAAUCUCGGUCUUUAUUUUCCAGGCGGUCGACUUGGAAGGUGCAACCUCCCACGCGAAACUGGAUUUUGCAGGGCAGCGUUUACUCGGUAUUAUUACAACACUAGCAGCGGUAAUUGCGAAAGUUUCAUAUGGGGCGGGUGCGGUGGUAAUGCCAAUAACUUCAACACUCUUGACGAGUGCAAGAAGGCGUGCAUGCGUAAGUACAUUCAAUUAAUAUCUCGCCCAGCAAUCGCCCGGGAUCCAGGACAGUCUUUGAUUCUAGAUUCCACGCCGUGGAUUCCAGCUUCAGUGGAAAUUGGAUUCCAGAUUCCAUUUUUUUGGUGGGAUUAAGUAUUCCUCGAGCUCUAUUCCGGAUUCCAAAGCCCAGGAUUCCUGAUUCCACAUGCAAAAAAUUCUCAGAUUUCGGAAUCCAGAUUCCCUUACAUGAAACGAUAGUAAAUAGAACGUUACGACCAACGGCGGACAGCAGCGAAAUACCAGGCGAACGUUGCAGACGUUUAACUGAAACAAGCUCCCCCGUUAUAACUGACCAAUUCUUGUGUAUCAGAUCUCCACUGACUGCUUCAUGUUGUUAUUGCAGUCUUCCUCUUUCGAAGCACCAAGAGACAUCUUCCAGCAUUCCGCUCUAAAAAUAUGUAAUAUAAACUCCACCCGUAUUUUAUAAUCAUACUUGUUUUUUUGUAGCAUAUAUUAUCAUUCAGUCGCGCUUAAAUCGAAAUUGCUGCACAUUGAAAUAUAUGCAUCGCUCUAAACGCUUUUCUAAGGGCCAAUGUUUACCUGGCUGGCCCAAUUCAUGCCUUGUUUCUUCUUAAAACUGACUUUAAGUUUACUGCAUGUAUACGAGAGGGCGGGCUGGCUCGCUUGCUGAGAUCUCGGCUCGAGCAACCAGGUGAGCUUACUUCAUAUAGACAGGCCCCAAGAAAGCCAGAUGAAUGCUCUUAACUUUUUCUCUCUCAAUUUCUGCAGCUUCUGGGGGUGCAGUUAAUACAAUGGCUCCAUCGGUGACGACUGGACAUCCUCCAACUCAAAGCAACCAACGUAAGUAAAAUUGUCUAUUACCUAAACUAUUUUUAAUUGACUGAAAAAAAAUUCUUAUACGGCAAACAAGAGAUAAACGAAAAACAGGGAGGCAAAGCUUUACAAGGAAAGCCGGAGUGGAUACGUAUGUUAAUUAUGAUAUGUAUGUUACUUAUUUUAAUAAUUAAAAGGGUGAUAAAACUCCUCUGAUAUACAUAGAAGGCCGUACUGAGACACACAAGUUUGGAUGGUUUUGCGGGCAUAAUUAAACAAUAACGAAACCUCAUUAACAUGAUUAUAAACGAUUAGAAUUUUCCGUGCCCCAAAUCUCGCACGUGAGGCUGCUUGUACUUUGUCACAGACGUUAUAUCACAGAGAAAAGUGAAUGUUAUUUUUAUGCUGUUCCUCUUACUUGACUCUCCCUCUCUCUAUUAGAAAACUGACAAGAGAAGGAAAUAAACGGCCCUAACGAGAGCAGAACCCAAUGUAAGCUGAUCCAGUCAAUAAUUUUAAUCGCCCCAUGUUAGGGAAUCCCAGACAGUCUUGGAAAGUGGAUUCUACGCAAUAGAUUCCGAAUUCCAGCUACUGGAUUGCGGAUUCUUUUGUCAGUGGAACUUGGAUUUCGGAUUCUAUCGUUAACGGGAUUCCGGAUUCCUCGGGUUGUAUACCGGAUUCCAAAGCCCAGGAUUCCUGAUUUUAAAGCGACAAUCUUCUGGAUUGCGGAAUCGGGAUUCCCUUACUUGGGCGAUUUACAAUGUCUGUAGGACUGAAUGGAGUCCAAGUUGGUGUGUAAAUCCGAUACAGUCACUAUGAUCACUGAAAAACAAAAUCCAGCUUCCUGAAAAAUUGUUUCGAUCGCAGUGGUUCCAGUCCGGAAAUCAGCCUUAAAAACAGCUCUGAAUUCUAUGUCAGCGGCCAUUCUCGCAGCAAGCGCUCUACUUGGUAUUGUCGUUCAAGAGUUGAUUCCAUUUAAUCGCCGCGAUCGCUGAACUGAGGACUGGAAAAGACACUUGUUGAUCGCUCCUUUAAAAUGGCGACCCAGGCUGUAUGGAACAAAUUGCUGAACAGCAUACGUUACGAGACUACUUUUAACAGUUAACUAAGACUUUUUUUUUCAAAUUAAACUUAUAAUUAGGAUUAGUUUUAAACAAGAGAGAAGAAUUUAGUAAGGAUCGCUUAUCAUUGAAUUAUUUCUUAUUUGUCUUUGACCAAGCUAACGAUUUGAAACGAUUCACAAAUACGUGACGCGACGUCAAAGCCCCUAAUGAGGAUAAAGUCACCAGUCUCAAUACUUAUUUAAAACAAAUGAGCAAAUUUACUAAAUAUAUUUCGCGGAAAAAGAGUUCAAUUAUUAUUUUACCAUUCAAUAGUAAAGCUUUUUUUGUUUUGUCAUUUAUUGGGGAAAUACAGACAGGCCGUUGUCCCCCAAGGACAGGGAACAAAGUGCGUUUUUGCGUACGUCAGCUUUCUGCAUUAGCGCAAUUCACUGUCUUCAUUCAAGUUUUUUUUUUCUUUUUUAAUAAUAAAUAAUCAUAAUCAUAGUCAAAAUCAUAAUCACAAUCAAAAUAGCGAAUAGCUUUACAGCAUAAAAAUUUCAUUAGUGUAUAAAAACACUGUUGUCAAUGGGGUCGUCACUCAGUAAUAAUUGAUCUAGCUUCCUGCUACUUUCCAGUCGACUCUAAACAUUUUCAAAGUGUGUCUGAGGAAUAAAUGUACAGCUAUUGAAAAGAAGUGGAGUCGGUCCAACCUCUUGCUCCUUCCUCCUUGAAGGUUAUGCACACAAAGAUAUGACACAAAAAUGACAGUAAAAAAUGUUGGAUACUUGAGGUUUGUGUCAUUCAUGUUUUACUUCAGAGGAUCAAACAGUCUUGUUUGCGUCUUAGAUCAUAAAACUACUCGUGACCUCAAGUGUUAAUAGCAUCUUAACUUCAAUAAAUUCUUUAUUUUAUUUUCUUUUUCUCUUCUGUAACUUUCCAAGGACUCUCAAUUUAUGUUUCACUUUAUUCUUUUUAAUAGACGGAACAAAUUAAGAGGAAGAAGAAGAAAAAAAGAAGAAUCUGAUGCUGUAUAAACUAGGCUAGAAGGUCCAUUUAUUUUAUUUUUUAUUAUUAUUUUUUUUUUACCCGUACAACUUGCACUUGGGAACAAAAAUCGUAAAACGCAAUGACGACUAAACUGUAAAGUGUUGAUUAAAAUACAAAGUAUCAAACGUGUUGAAAAAAAGAAAAAUAAAGGAUACCAAAAAAAUUCAUGUGACUGUCUAGUUUUAUCGCUUCUUUUGUAAUGAGCAAACGCUCCAAAGCACGUGCAGACCUUGGUUACUGCGUAAACGAGAGCUUGCUAUAAAUUUAUGGAAGUCCUAAUUUUAUUUAAGACGUCAAUAUAGGCAUGUUGAAGGGGUUCCUCAUUACCUUGGUAAAACCCGUAAGUCUAUAAUUCAAGUACUCGGAAAAUUGCUUUAUAGGUCCAAUUUUCGUUGUUUACUUGAUAUUCAAUAACAAAAAACAAACAAACAAAUAAAAAACGGCAGUGAAAGACCCUGGUAAAUUGUAGGUAAAAAACUCUUUUACGAUACUGCUUAAGAAGUGCUUCUCCCAGUGUACCAUUCAAUUGCACUGAGUGAUGAACUAUAGAAUACUUCAUGGAAAGUGCAGGCGUACAGUAUUUACGCAAGAGUUGUUGACGUGAUUUCUGAUACACAUCAACGAGUGAGGAAAACCUGAACUCUUCCGAAAGCAGAGCCAGACACUUAACAUGAACCUCGAGGGAGAGAGGUUAGACAAAAAUACAUUAAUACAAAUUGUAAAUAGAUGACGACUAAACUUUUAUCAACUUAGUAAUCAAAAUAUAAGGCCCAAAGUAACUGAAUGCACAGGCAUGUUGCGAUGCCGGCUAAGAAUGAUUCCCCCCAGUAGAAACUUCACCCUUUUUCUGCCAUAUCUCCCUGACAAUUGUCAAUGGAUUCACAGUGAAAAUAAAAAUGAUCUGCUGUUCUUUUGACUGCAAAGAAUAUACGAAACUUCUUAAAUUUCAAGCAAGAGAAAAUAAUCAUACAUGAAACCUUAAGAAAACCAGCAGAGAGAAUCAAGCAUUGGUAAGGGAGGGUGGGAUGGGAUUUUGUUCCACGAAGAGAAGAAUAUGAAGUGCUGUUUUGCUGAGCUAGGCGCGAAAAUGUAGGCAUCAACUGUUCAUGUGAUAGCUGGCAUCUAAUUUGCUGAGCGAAACGUUAGUGUGACAGAGAUCACAUGCAGGAAGUAAUCCCUGAAAGGAAGUGAGCUGGUUCGAUUACUGGUAAACGCGGGUAUAUGGUUAUCACAUUAACUUUAAUUUAUCCUGUUUUAUAAAUUAGCUUAUUAACCGGAAUAAAAAAUGUCUGCGUUAAAAAAUAUAAUAAGAAUGUCUGGGCGUUCAAGUGGUGUCACGUUUGAAUUACGGCGAAAAAUCUCAAAGUGGGCAAAUGCUUGGCUGGCACUGCGUUAUAUGGGUCUUGGAUGCUUUAUCAUCAUAUUAUCAUUGAUAUAUCUGACGAAACAAGUAGCAUACUUCAAAGCUCUAGGCAGAGACACUUCAAUAUUUAGCUGGUCGCAUUUUUUUCUGUUUAUUAUGGAUCUAUUUUGUUUCAUGCCGGUUCUAGCGUAUACGAAAUUUCCACAAAAUUAGCACUCAUUGUGGCACAAUGACGUGGGCAAAUGAUUUGCAAUAGUGCGAUAAUAACAGUACUAAGAGCGAUGAUGAUGAUGAUGAUGAUGAUGAUGAUUAUGAUGAUAAUAAUGAUUGUCUGAUUAUAAUAGUGAUUGUGUCACCGUGUUGAGCUCGAUGUUGGUGUUUUUUGGUUCUAUCAAAUACUACGUAUUUACCAAAUCAGUGGAUAGCAAUUUUCGUGCGUUCUGAUUGGCUCCCAUAACUUGGAAUAUCCUUUGCUAUUCACUAUUUUGCCAUUGGAGUCAAGAUGGCGUCUCGUUUAGAGACAUUUUUGGAAGAUAUUUGAAGCAGUCAUACAAAUAAAUACCAAGAAAGCGACGAACGUUGGCUUGUCGGUGUUUACUGGUCCGUAGAAAAUUAUUUUCAUGCUGAAUUUGCAACAAAAUCGUCAAAAUGCACUUGACAAAAUCCAUGAAAAUGACUGUUUGUAACUUGUAAACAAAGUUCCUACAAAGUGACUUUUUUAAAUUUACAAAAAGUUCCUUUUUUCACUUUUAUCGAACUGAUUUGGUAAAUACUAAAACAACUAUUCCCCACAGGGUCGGUGAACAUCGCUGGAUAUAUACCACCACUAUUCACCUCCCCUUCGGGGCAUAGCCCCUUCAAUACAAAAUCCCAGCACUACGGACUCUUGCUUUUAUGGAUACUACAUUCAUAUCUCAUGGUCUCGAGGUCUUCCGCACAGAAAGAGCUGGUUAUGGUAAAUUAUGCGUCUGCUUUUAGCCAAUGAUGCAGGAUAGGGGAAAUAUUUUGAAUGAAUAAUUAGCAACUAUUGGACGAUGUUGAGCAAAAUAAAGUGGUUUGUCAGUGGCGAGCAGAUCAAGGCUGAGGCAAAUAAUUGAUCUGCGAGAAAUAAUUGAUUUGCUAUUUGGAGAAUAUUCGCGGAGCUGGACAAACCUAAACGUACACGGUACUGUCGAAGAUGAACUUAACAUCGAUGCAGGUAAGCAUGUUUUAGCUAUGUUUUUAAACUAGGAAUUAUUUUGAAUGAAUAACAAAGCAAUUAAUGAAUUCGGCUUUCGUAGGAUAUGAAGAAUUAACUCAUUGUCUUCACAACGUAUUUUAAGUAUUUUUGACCAUGCAACUUUAAAAAAUUAUAUCUCUGCUGUUAUUUACAGUUCCAUAUCAAGCUAUACCUCAUUGGAAAGGGCAAAAAUUAAACUUUCAGAAAAAAAAUAUUUCGGUCUCAGGGAAACCAUAAUAUUCUGCACAAAAAAAAUAAACAAGGCAUAUUUCUAGAUAAUUAUUUUUAAAAAAAAUUUAAUAGUGUAGUUUUGCCAGAAAAGUUGUAUAUUUUAUGUAAUACAGUACGUUUUUUUCUUCAAUAUCUAUUAAAAAGCGAAUAUCGGUCGAAAAUAUAAAGCGACAAACAAUUUUCUACAAAAUUUUUCCGACCCUAUCGGAUUAUGCAAAUGAUCAAACCAAUUCUUACUUUUGUCACUUUGUGGCCCGGGAAAUAUCGGGUUAAAAACAACAAACAUAAAUUCACUCUUUAAGCUCCGCGGGACGGAUUUCACUGAAUCUUCACACGGCGAAUUUGAAUCAAUACUGUUUUAUUACAAUUUUCGCGUUUAUUUCUUGUUUCUGCCCUUAAAAUAAAUAUUUUCGAAACGUCGAUAAAAGCUUUACGACAAAACUUAAGAAUAGAUUUGAAAAAAUCGUCAAACCCCAGGCCUGGAGUAUGGAACGUGGCUAAAUGCGACAGAACAUUAGCAAAUUAAAUUUUGUCCGAUCCUGAUAUCGUGCGACAUCAAACCAAUUCUUAUUGGUGGGGGCAUGUACAAACUCUCUAAAUAGGAAUCUUCUUCUAAUCAAUAGUGUGUGACAAGCUUUCUUCAUUCUGCCCUUGAUAAUAUUCAGAUGAGGUACGUAUCUAAGAAAAAGUAAAGAUACGUGCGUUCUGAACGGGGUCCUUAGCUUAGGGGCUAUAUGUUUUCCUGUUUUGAAAGCGCGCAUUCUCUUAUAUGUUUUCCUGUUUUGACACGACUUAUAUAUUACGUUUUAUGAUUUAAAAUAAUUUGUACAGUCUUUCUCUUCCUUUGUUGCAAUGGGACUUUUAAAAAUUAGUUAAUUAAACAGCAAAAAUAAUGUAUUUGCGAGAAUUAUCAAAAGGUCAACACAAUACGCCAUGGGCAACGUUCCCUUGACGUUUUAAGAUUACUUUAAAAUCACUUUAUUAACGUGUAAGUUCAUUGAACCUUUUUGCAAGUGAGUUACUGAACCGUGAUGACAUAUUGGCCAAAUUCGCGAAAAAAAAAUUAAUUGAACCUGAUCAUUUGAAGGCCUUAUUUUCUAAAACCUGGUACAAAAGUGUACCAACUUAUAAAUCAAUAGCGUGGUAUCCACGUCAAGUAAAGGGCAUUGCUUUUCUUGCCAGUCCCACGUCAAGUUGAAGCAGUCCAUGCUACGGAAAAGUCCCCAAUAAUGCAAGCCACUUUUUUCGACAACUCCUAGAAAAAGAGCCUGUUUUUUGUGCUGUAGAGUCUUGAGCACCACUCCCAAAUGUAAUUUGUCUCCUAGUCAGGUUCAUGCCCUGAAACGUUCGUUCAUUUUUUCGCGUAAUAUAUCAAGCAUGAGACGCAGUGUUUCAUCACCAGAGAGAGUUGAAAAUACGACACGCAGCGGAGUAUUUUUGACGAACUUCGAGGUCACCGUGUUUCCUCUGGUGACGAGACACCGUGUCGAAUGCUUGAUAUUACUUCUCAAACAAAGUGAUUUUACAAGGAGAAUUUAAGGAUGCAAAAAUGAGCAGUUUUUCAUCUGAUUUCCAAACUCUCAUUAAACAUUGAUUUCCUUAAGUUGCAUUUUCUUUAUGAAUUAUUAAUGAGAAUGACAAGUUCAAGGAAAUGAUACAAAGGUCCAUUUCAUUCAAAUCCUUUCACCUUUUUAGUCCUCUUUCUUUAAAACAAAAACAGUUAAAAAAAACACCCACUCCCUCUCUUAUUAAGAAUCGUUCAACGUACUUGCAGGAAACGUAUUAAUUGUUUCAGUUGGGCCACCUUUAAAGAUAUUUACUGAGGGCCAAAUAUUUAAACGUGGUUUAGCCAGUGUUUAACAAAACCGCUUUCUAAGUCAUGUUCAAUUUGCCUAACGAUUUUAUCUCAUGGCAUCAUUUAUUGUGAACAGUGUUAUGAAGCCAUAUAGAAAAGACUAGAAAAGCAUUUAGCGUCUUAAAAAACCCACCAAAGAAGAGAUCUAGAAGUUCAAAGAUUCGCUAAACCGGGGCUUAAGUUAGACUAUUCUUUGCUUAAAUAUUUGACCCUCAGGGUUUCCAAUGACUCAAGAGAAUGAGCACCCUUUGUUUACCACACUGUGGUAAUGGAAAUAGUUUCCACACUAACAGCGCUAAUUGACUUGCUAGAUCAGUGAAAAAAAACUUGGUUUCUAUUUCUUAUUCAAACUUUAGUUGAAAACUCAGCUGAGUCUCGAAUAAGAACAACGCUAAAUGAAAAUUCAUAUCAAUACAGAAAAAAAAAAGUUGAAUGGAUAUGAUAAUCCGAGUUACGUAACGACUAAAAUAGUUAAAGAUGUUUUCCAUAAGGCAUUUCCAAUGUGAAGGGAGUUCUGUUCAAACUCUAGCGGCAUCAGUUCUUGUUCAGUCAUAUGCCACAUUCUGGCUUCAUUCAGCCCCUCACCCCUCCAUAUGAAUGAGAUUUCGUGAACUCAAGACCUGUAAGUUUUCUUACUUCAAUAAAACAACGUAAAUGAUUACGAAAAGCUUCCAUGAUGUUUGAGUUCAAUUCCCACCCCCCACAAGCAAUUAUUAAUCAGAUGGCUAAUGUACAAGUUUUCGUUUUGAUUCACUGAUCGAUUAUUAUUGUCAUUAUUAUUUUCUUGUUUGUUCACUCGGGCGAAACUGGUCGGAAAAGCUGAGGUGGAAGUUGUAAGGAAGAAUUCAUUGUUAAGAAGGAAGACAUAAUUUGUGAUUAUGAAAUCCAGCUUUCGUUGUUUACUUGAUAAUCAAAAAACAUAUUAAUGCAAAAGCAAAAAAUAAACGGUGGUACAAGACCCCGGUAAUAUCAGGGUAAAAUCACCUAAUUAUACUGCUCAAGAAUUAGGUCCCCUAAUGUAGAAGUACUUUGAGUACCUAGGCUCAUUUUUGACUGUCACGUACAAUUCAAUUUAACUCAGUGACGAAAUAUUUCUACGUAAGUCGAGUUAAUGUUGCGUUAAAAAGCUGUGCACAAAAGGCCCAUCCAUUAUCGACCAAAGACUACAGUCUGAACAAGCGCUUUUAAGUGAAGCUUAAUUCCAGUCGUGAUGAAUAAUGUAAAGAUGCUCCUGCUUUUCUCUUUCGUCCUCCUUGGAAAAACAGGGACAACUAAUGGUGAAAGUAUUUCUUUUCAACUGUUUUCUUGCUUUCUCUCCUUCCUUUUUAUUUUUGUCUUUGCACGAAAAAGACAAACAAAACGUCUGCUUAUUGUAAUAUUUUAAUUUUGCGCGGAUCGAGAUAAAUAUUCAACGUUAAGCCAAGUCCGCAGUACUGCCCGGGACAUAUACAAACUCUCUAAAUAGCAAUUUUCUUCAUUAGUGAGUGACAAAACUCCUUGACCAGUCAGUCCCUGACAAUGCAUAGGAUUUAAGCUUUAAAGAAACGUACAUAAGCGAUUAAUCUUGAUUUUUGUAGCCAGGGCUACGGAUCAUUACACAAUCUAAGACGAAAAUCUUAAAAAGGCAAUUUUCAUGGGGAUAAUGUUUUAAGAGUAGUUGAUAUUGAUUUCAAUUCCUAAAACACCUUUUCAAAACUUUAACGCGUAAUAUAUAUUGCGUUUUAUAGUGUAUAUAUUGUAAACAGUCUUUCACUCUGCUUGUUUGUGGUGGGACCUUUGAAAAUAAGCAACAGCAAUUAUAUGUGUGACUGACACAGGCGUCUCGGAAGAAAAAAACCGAGUACUCCUAAUAGUCGAACCUAUGACCUGCUGGUUAUUAGUCCAGAUGCUCUUCCAUUAAGCUAUUGACGGGAGACUCGUGGAAGCUUAGAAGCCGCUCAACUAGUUUCACGUGACAAACAUACUUUAUACUAAGAGCCUGCUUUUUCGCUGUAGUCUCUUGAGUACCUCCUUUACUGAAAAGUUAUCAUCAGUAGGGGCUUUUUUGUAACAGCCAAAACAGAACGCCAAGGGAAAUUAAGCGAAUGCAUGAUCGCUCGAGUAAAUGUUUUUGAAUUACUUUGAAGUAACUUGUAACUUGUAACUUUAUUUGAUUUACCACAAAAUACAAUUAACGAUAAAACAAGACAGUUACACAAAAGCAAAUGAAAGUGGCGAGGAAGCCCAAAAAGAAACCAUGAGGCUUAUAGACAUUGGGCUCCCUCGAAGUAAAAAUAAAGUUAACAGUAACAGUAAGGCCAGGAGAACCUUUUUUCCUAAACGUAGAAAUUAUAGGUGAGUUACCCAACCGCGAUGACUCAAUAGCCAAAUUCUUCACAAAACCUUAAACCUGCGUCAUCAAUUGAAGUCGUUAUAAACCUGCGUCAUCAAUUGAAGUCGUUAUUUUACAAAAACCUGAUAAAGUGAAACCUCGAUAUAACGAACAGAUUUCCUUUGCCCUGAUAAUAGCAAAAUAUGUGAAAAAAAACUCGAUAUAACGAAAACUUGGCCUUUGGCGAUAACGAGGUUCCACUGUACAGAAACGACAACAAAUUAAACAACAAUAGCGUGGUAUCCAAGUAAAGGGCACUGCUUUGCUUGCCAGUCGCUUGUCACCUUUUCAGAUGUUCUAGCAGUCCAAGGUACUGGAAAAUUUCCCACUCUGAAUAUACUCGCCGCUUUUUGACAACUCCUAGAAAAAGAGUCUACUUUAAUGGUGCGGCCUUUUGAGUAUCUGCACCAAAUUUAAUUCCACUUUUUUCUUCAGAUUCAUGCCCUGAAACAUCCAUCUCAGGCAGGGAGGUAUCUUUCUCGUCCAAGGAAAUAA